UCGUGAGCUUUUCUCAUCAUGCAUCCACCCACGUCGCAAUUACAGAGCGGAAGGUCGUCUUACACUGCUUCGAAAUGGACCACUCCCAUUCCUCAAUGUUCACUCCCUCGGUUCGUCUUUGGCUCCCCACGACGUGCUCUUAGUGACCGAAAGGUCCUCAUCGAUGCCGACUACCCGGAUACCCGGUCUCUGUCCCUCGCAGAAUACCGCCUGCUAUCCGCUCGAGUGGCGGUUGGACUGCAGAAGUUGGGGGUCAACCCCAAAGACCGCAUUCUAUGUGUGACCAGCAAUGCCCUCUGCUAUCCCGCACUCCUUAUGGGCACCGUGAUGGCUGGGUGCAUCUUCGCGUCAGGACAACCUGCUUUGAACCAGCCCGAGUUUUAUCGCCUGAUCACCUUCGCUCAACCCUCGGUUAUCUUCGCCAGUCGAGCCACCCUUCCAGUAGCCCUCCAAGCUGCGCGCCAGGCCAAUCACCCCGACAGUCGAAUUUUCAUGUUUGACGACGACUUCCUGGAUGGCUGUACCCAACCAGAAGGACCUAUUCAACACUGGCACACUAUGGUGGCGUCUGAAUGGGAGGGGGCCCGAUUCUGGUAUCCCAAUGUUGUCUCCGCACGGGAUUAUAACAGCACAAUCCUAAUGCUCUUCACUUCGGGUACUACUGGUGACCCCAAGGGCGUGGAGCUGUCGCAUCGCAAUUACAUUGCUGCGGCGUUGGGAUACACCCGGCGCAUCUCCUCGCAUCCGGCUUGGAGAUACAAUCCUCGACUGGGAGGCCCAGAAAAUGUCCGCGUGCUGGGCUCCUUGGCGAUCAAUCACAGUGUUGGCCAGCGGUCAUAUUGCGUCAUCUUCCCCAGGAUGGGUGUCCCCCUGUACCUGAUGCGACGCAACGACUUCCGAAGUAUCUGUGAAGCGGUUCAGCGGUUUCAGAUUACGGAUGCCAUCAUUCGUAGCUCCGUCCUCACGGCUAUGGCAAAGAAUGCGCCCAUCUGUCGAGAAUAUGACCUGGCCUGCCUCCGCCGUGUUGAAGGCUGUGCUGCUCCCAUGAGCCAGUUCACCAAAUUCAAGCUGGAAAGCCUGGGGAUUGGAUACGUCGCCCGUGCCUGGGGACUGACAGAGACGGGAACUAUUACUGGGCCAGAUCCACUGCGACCUCCUAAGUCGGAGACUGUUGGCCAGCUGAACGCCACAUACGAAGGCAAAGUGACCGAUUCUAGCGACCCCUCUCGGACUUUGAGGACCGGCGAAGUGGGAGACAUCUGGAUCCGCACGCCAGGGUCGAGCCGUGGAUACUGGAAUAACCCAGCCGCGACAGAACAAUUGAUCGGGGCCGAAGGUUGGGUCUCCACGGGUGACGUCGGAUACGUCGAUGAUGAAGGUAACUGGUAUAUCGUCGACCGCAAAAAGGAUUUGAUCAAAGUCUGUGGAAGCCAUGUCUCACCCGUCGAGAUUGAGUCGGUGCUCCUUCAGCAUCCACAUGUGUGCGAUGUUGGGGUUAUUGGAGUCGCAGUGAAUGAGGACGAGGGCCCCAGAGCCUAUAUCCAGACCUCUCCGAAGACCACGGUGACGGCAGAGGAGAUCCACGAGCUCAUCUCCGAGAAGCUGCCCCCGUACAAGCGCCUCUCAGGUGGCAUCUCGUUCAUCGAGAAGAUCCCUCGGAAUGCGUCAGGGAAAGUCCUCCGCAGUGAGCUUCGCCAGCUGGCGAUUUCGGAGCUGGGCGACUACUUGGGCAACUACCACGGCACAUCCACGUCCGGCGGUCUUAAUAGCAAAAGGGGCAAGUGA